AUGACGGGUAAAUACUUAGAUCACCAUUAUAAAGUAUUGAAACAAUUUUUGGAUAUUUCAGAUGAUCCAGUUUCCAGGAAUAAACCUUUAUCUGCUAGAGCUACCAGUGCUAGAGAAAAAUUAUUAAACUUAUCAGAAGCUCAAUUCAGAGAAUUAAGUACUGAUGUUUAUGAUGAAUUAAGAAGAAGAAUUGAUGAAUCCAGAAAAGAUCCUGGUUAUUUAUUACCUGAAGCAUCAUUUCAUCCAAAAAGAAAUCAAGCUAGAAAGAAAUUAUCAUCAUUACCACAGAAUAGAUUUAAAGGAUUAGUUAAUGAUGUUAGUUAUGAAAUUGAAAGAAGAGGUUUACAUAUUAUUCCUGAAGAUGAAAAAGUUGAAAUGAGUAAUAACAAUAGUAUAAAGUCAUCAAUUAAAUCACCCAAUUCAAUUAAAUCUCCUACUUCAGUUAAAUCACCAAUUUCUGAUAAAAUUGAAAAUUUUGAUACAAAUGAUUUUAAUAAAUCCCAAAAUUCUGAUGUUCAAAAUCAAACUAUGGGUAUAUCUGCUAAAACCGUAGUACCUACUAAAGCCAAUUUAACUUGGUCAAGUGAAGAAGAAGAUAAUGGAAUUGAAGAAGUUGAAGAUGACCAAACUUCUCUUAAUGGUAAAGAAAUAUCAAAUUCUCAAGAUUCUGAAUUAAUACAAGAUUUAAAAGAUCAAUUGAAAUCAAAAUCAGAAGAAAAUGAACAAUUGAAAAUUAAGAUCGAUAGAAUUGAAAAAGAUUUAAAUAAUGAAUUGGAUAAAAAUGCCAAAUUACUUGAUGAAGUUAAUUCUUUCAAUAAUGAUAGAGAAUUGUCUCAAAAUCAAAUCAGUAAACAUAAAGAUGAUUAUGAAUUAUUAUCAAAAGAUGUUGAAAAUUUAUCAAAAGAUGUUGAAAAUUUGAAAGCUACAAAUGCUCAAUUAAGAUUAGAAAAUCAAUCUUUAAAGAAUUCUGUCAUGAAAGAUCAUAGAAGAACUAUGAGUGGUUCAUUAUCUAAGGAAUUAGAUACUAAAGAACCUGAAAAUGAUACUAAAAGUAAUUCUGAGUUAAGUCGAAUCUUGGAGAAAUUGUCAAGUUUGGAUAAACCUCCAGUUGAAAAACAACAAUCAUCUAUUGGUUUAAAGAAUGAAGUGGUUAAAUGGCAAAAGAAAUACGAAGACUUGAAUUCCAAGAAACAUUAUAGUAAUUUUUCAAAAGUCACUAAUUUAUCCAGAACUCAAAUAAAAUCCUUAGUUUCAAGUAAUGGAUUGGUUUCAAUUGAAUUAGUUAACAAAUUUCAAUCUUUGGUUGAAACAUUCUUGCAUUUAAUUGAUGAUAAAGAUUCCCAUAGUGAUUUGAUUUUUGAAAAAAUCUCUCAAGUUUCAAUUGUUUCAAAUGAAAUUGCUAAUCAAUCAGAAUCAAAUCAAAUCAAUAAAAGUCAAUAUUCCAUUAAUGUUAGAGAUGUUGCUAGUCAUGUAUUAACCACUACAAGAUAUUAUACCUUAUAUUCCAAUGUUAUACCUAAAUUCAUACUUGAAAGAUCAAUAAAUGAAUUAAUAUUUUCGGUAUGUGAAUUAAUUGGAUUUGCUAAAAUCAAUGAUAAUGCUGGUGAUUUGAAUAAAUCUUUCAAUUUGAACAACGAUUCCAAUGUAAGUUUAAAUGAUGAAACUAUCAAUAAUGAUAAUGAUGAUACAAAUAUUGCUGUGAGACCAUUAAGAAUGGCCAAUAAGUUAAAGAAUAAUACAUCUAUGGAUAGUUUCCAUAGCACUAAGGAAUUGGCUACUUCUCCAAAAAAUUCUAGCAUAAAUUUAUUAAACAAUUUAGCAAGUAAUGCUCCUGCUAAUAAUUCAUCAUCUAGUAUUAAAGGAUCAAAAAUCAAUAAUUUAACUUCUAAAUUUGAAAAAUCAAGUGAUGAUCUUUUGAAUGAUAAAAUUCCAACUUCAUCACCAAAAUCAACUCCAACAAAGUCUAAUAUCUUGGAUAGAGUUAAACAUUUUGAAAGUCCCCCACCGGAAAUCUCCAAUAAGAAAGUUCAUAGUCCACCUGAAAAUGAAUCCACUUCAAAUAGUUUCAUUUUGAAUAGAUCUUCCUUAGAGAUAAAGAAGUCUCCUGUUCUCCAAAAAGAUAGAAGUUUUGAUGCCGGGAAGUCUGAUAAAUCUUUUGAUAAAUCUUUUGAUAAAUCUUUUGAUAAGUCUACAGAUAAAUCCAAAAUUGGAACUGGUAUUGCUACUGCUGCUGUUGCUGGGGUUGCUGGGGCUGGUGCAGCUGUUGCUGGUAAGAAAGGAAUUUUCCAAAGUAUCAGAGACAAAUUCAAUGGAGAUGAUGAUUCAGAUUUAAAGCAAGAUGUUUCCAAUGAGGAAAUUACUUCUACUGCUGAUUCAACUCCUCCUACUAAGGAUAUCAAUAGCUUUGAAGAUUCUCCAAGUAAACCACCAAAAGCUGUUAAUGGAAAAGCUGAUGAUUUCGAUACAGAUUUUGACGAGGUGAGAGAGAAAAGAGAGAGUAGAGAAAUCAUUUCCAGAACUAGAAAUUCCAUUAAAGAGUCUAAAAAUUUAAUCAAAGAAUCUAAAGAUUUAUUAAAUAAAUCUAAAUCCAAAAAAGUUAAUUUCUCCAAUAACGAUGAAAAUAUCGAAAGUUUAAAUUCAUUGAAUGGGUACAAUGAUACCCCAGAAUCUUCAAAAGUUCAAACCGAAAAGGUUCAACCUGGAAAGGUUCAAAUUGAAAAACCUGCAGUCAAAGAAAUUCCGAAACCUGCUUCAAAACCUCAAACUGAAGAACCUGAAGAUGAUGAAAAGACAGCUAAAGCCAGACAAAUGCAAGAAUAUCGAAAAUCAAUGGCUGCUGCUACUUUCAAUGUUGAUUUGUUCGAUAUUGAUGAUCCAGAUAAUACCUUAACUCAAGUUUUAUUAUAUUUAGAACAUCAAACUGUUGAAGUUAUUUCAACAAUUCAUCUGUUAUUGAAUACCAUCCGAAAACCUAAUUCAACUAGAGGUGAUUUGAAAGAAAAAUCCCAAGCUAUUGCUGAAGUAAUUUCCCAAAUGACAGAAGCUACUAAUACUUCCAUGAAUCAAACAAGAAAUGCUCAAUUGAAAGAACAUGGAAGUUGGAUCGUUAAAUCUUUAGAAGAUUGUUAUCAUCGUAUGAAUAUCUUAUGUAAACCAUCAGGUGAUAAGAAAGAUUCAGAAUUUGCUGAUAGUUCUUAUAAACAAAGAUUAGCAGGUAUAACUUUCGAUAUAACUAAAUGUACCAAAGAGUUGGUUAAAACUGUUGAAGAAGCAAGCUUAAAAGAAGAUAUUGCAAACUUAGAUGCUAGAUUAAGUCAUGAUGACUUACUUUAG